CGGAUCCACCGGCGAUAUUGAUCAGUCAUCACGUGCCCUCGUGCAUCGUGAAAGCUUCCUUUAAAACAGAAACUAUUCAUAUACUCUCACCCGGUUAAGUGAACCAAUUCCACUCAGAACUUCUGAUCAUGCCGGAAUCACGAGAAGAAUACCGCGAUCGCUCGCGGCACCGAUCGCCAGCAAGUUCCCCGCAUACGAAAAGUGAGCGACGACGAAAAUAUGAUGACGAAUACGAGAGCAGUUCGCAACGUCGUGAUGAUCGUCGAAGCUCUCGACGAGACGACUCUCGACGCCGGUCAUCCCGCAGUCCUUCAGGCCGGAGUAGCCGCAAAAGAGACGAUGAUCAUCGCCGCCGGGAGCGGAGGGAACGAGCGGAUAAUUCGGACGACGAUCGGAGAAGACGUCGACAUCGUUCCCCGGAAGAACGUCGCCAUCGACGCCAUCGCGACCGGGAUACACACGGCGAUAAAGAGAAGUCAUCAAGAAGCUACCGGACGAAAUCCCGAUCUCGCUCACCCACACGGCGCUCGCGCAGUCCAUCCUCACGCGACCCCGUGCGCUCUAGGGGCGCCUUGCCUUCUCAGCAAGACGCAUACACAUCAGAAAUAGCUCAGAAGGACUCGUCCGCCCCUCCACCGGAAAAAGAGAAGCCCAAUUUCGCCAACACCGGGCGCUUGGCUGCUGAGAGCAAUACGGUGAACGUCAGUGGAGGGGGAACAGUAGUUCUCAAAUAUCAUGAACCUGCUGAAGCUCGUAAACCCCCAGCUAAGGACCCCUGGCGUCUCUACGUGUUUAAGGGUGACGAUCUUCUUGAGGUAGUAGAACUGAAUGAGCGCAGCUGCUGGCUUAUAGGCAGGGAGAACCUGGUUGUGGAUUUCCCUUUGGAGCACCCAAGUUGCUCUAAGCAACAUGCCGCCCUUCAAUUCCGCUAUGUCGAGAAGCGAAACGAGUUUGGCGACCGGAUUGGGCGUGUCAGGCCUUACCUCAUUGACCUUGAAAGUGCCAAUGGAUCCGCAGUGAAUGGGGAUAAGAUUCCAGGUGGACGAUAUGUUGAAGUGAGAGACAAGGACGUGCUCAAAUUUGGAUUGAGUACCCGAGAAUACGUUCUUAUGCUAGCUCGGACGGAAUGAGCCUGAAGUGCUUGAAAGUCCUUGCCAUCCAUACGCGGUCUCUACAGCAGUGGAGCCUGGAUCACUAUACUAAUAUUGUACAUUAUAGGAAAGUAUGAUGCGAAAAUGGUAAAUACAUGCGUGCAACAAUCAUUCUAGUCAUUCCGGGUUCUCUGUCACUUCUUUUUUGAGACCUUUAGAGUUUGCCGACCGUCUCCUUCGCCUUACCCUUGGCUUCGCCUAGGGUUUCUUGGAGCGAGCGCCUCC